UGUGCCGUGAUAACACAUACCUCGAUUACUUUUGCGUGCGGCUUAACUGAAUUUGCGUCGCAUGUUCGCGACACGCAUCCGAUUGUCUAUAAUUUAUUACGUGUAUACGCAAACGUUUUGUAUAUUAAACUUAAUAAUUGUUGUCGCGAGGGAUAGCGUUAUCUCUUGUAAAAAUAUCUUCCAUUACUUUCUUUGCGCUUCGUUCUGACGAUUUUCACUAAGCUUCUUCCUCGAUUAUUCUAUUUUUUUAAUUAUUAUUAUUAAUUUGAGAUUAUGUGAAUUGGAGUCCGUAAGAUACGGAGUGUUUCGUGACGAAAUCAUUAUGUGCGGACAUGUCUGUCCGACAAAAAGAUACUACGAUGAAAAUCGAUGUGAGUGAAGGGGAUGGUAAUGAAACCUGCGCACGUGUAAAUUUUAUAUAAAUGCGGCAUUGUCAAUUGUCGGAUAGCUCGUUAACAUCGCUCAACGAGUCAUGCCAAUUGAUCUCGAUAGUAUCGCGUUUUAACGACACGUGCAGUACUACAUCAUGAAAAUGACACAAUACAAUAGUGGCGUCAGUAGCAGCAGCAGCAGCAGUAGUAGCAGUAGUAUCGGCCACAACAACUUUAAGGAACAUAGAAAUGAAGGAGCAUUGGAAGAGAAGCUCAUGGUUGCUAUUCGUAUUCGACCCUUGGCUCCAAAUGAAAGUGGUACCAGAUGUUUGCACGCUAUUAAUAAUAAGAUGGUGAUGCUGGAGGAUCAAGAUAACGAUAAGCAGAAACGUGCAAUGCCGCGACAAUAUCUUUAUGAUAUGGUUUUUGGAGAAUCUUCAACACAAGAAGAGGUCUACGAAGGUACAACGAAAAAUUUAGUGCAGGAUGUUCUUAAUGGUUAUAAUGCGACCGUAUUUGCAUAUGGUGCAACAGGCUCGGGAAAAACACACACAAUGGUUGGAACAUCAUCAAAUCCUGGAAUUAUGGUGCGUGCCCUAAAUGACAUAUUCCUGGCGGCCAAAAAAUUGUCGGACAACACGGAAUUUACUGUGACAAUGUCGUACAUGGAGAUUUACAAUGAAAACAUUCGUGAUCUUCUCAAUCCCAAUUCAAGAUAUCUGGAUCUGCGCGACGAUACUCGUAGUGGCAAUGUUCAAGUUUCAGGAUUAACGGAAGUUUCUACUAAUUCGACAGAAGAGGUUAUGCAACUGUUACACAGAGGUAACAAAGCAAGGACAAUGGAACCGACCGCCGCGAAUAAAACUUCAUCACGAAGUCAUGCACUUCUCAGCGUUAUGAUCAAACAAGUCUCCCAUCGGGUUCAAGAUGAUGGUCAACGUGUGCGCAACAAAAUGAAGCAGGGAAGAUUAUUUAUGAUCGAUCUUGCCGGAUCCGAACGGGCUAAGCAAACAAAGAACGAGGGUAAAAGACUGCAGGAAGGCGCGCAUAUUAACAGAUCCCUUCUGGCGCUGGGUAACUGCAUCAAUGCCCUAUCUGGUGGAGCGCGAUAUGUAAAUUAUCGCGAUUCCAAGCUUACCCGAUUGUUGAAGGAAGCACUCAGUGGCAAUUGCCGCACUGUUAAAAUUGCACAUGUAUCACCGGCAAGUACACAUCGCGACGAAAGUAAAAACACCCUGAUUUACGCGGAUCGCGCCAACAAGAUUUCCAAUAAGAUCGAACGAAACGUACUGGACGUCAGUUACUUACAUGUCGCACAGUACCGCGAUAUAAUCAGCGAUCUGAAAAGCGAGAUUUCGCGCCUAAGAAAUAAAAUGAAGGACGAGAGACCAAAACGGGUGGAAGUGGAGAAAAAAAAUUCAGACGAUAUGCACGGCAAUGACUUCAAAUCGUUAAGAGAGAAAAUCGUUUCCGCUUUUAAAGAGCAGAUGCGACUGAGGCGAAAGCUGAUGGAAUUAGACAGUCAUCUUCUGGGCCUGAAUAUUGCUGCUGAACAACAGCAUUCCAUAAUCUCCCACUGGGAAUCAAGGAAUAACAGAGUAUACGGAAAAUCGCGUGAUUCCAGUACACAUCGUCCUGGUACAGAUUACCAAGUGGACGAAAUAGACGACGUGGACGGUCGUUUGGCGCUCCCACCUGAUCUGCAAAAUCUCUACGCCAUGUAUCAACAAGAGAUCCAAGCUGCUACAUAUGUCAGUAAUAGCCUCGGCAAUCUCGCCAUGUCACCAACUGUGUCCUUCAGCCAUGGAAAAUUACCGCCUAUAUCCAGCAGAUUCAGUAUUUACGACAACCUUAGUAGCGAUUUGAGAAUAGCCAGUAGUUCCACAGAUUCCGAUUGGGAUUCGCCGCUACCACCAAUUCAAGAGCCGCAAGAAGAAGAACACGUGAUGGGACCAGUGGUACAACCGCUAAUUUCCCCUGCCGCUUUAUUUCCACCGAUAUCAGCAGCAAAUUCACGAAAUCACGACAGAAAGCUUCGUCGAGUAGUAAGCGAUGACAGUAUAGACUCGGCGCAAUUUGUGCACAAUGGAAGUAACCGUUAUAGCUCUCUUAGAACGAGAAUCGAGAACCGUGAAACAAAUAGCUAAAAUUACAUUUCAUUUCAAAACAAUGUUUAAAUAUUCUCGACGUUUCUCACGAGCAGUAUUAACAGCAAUUUAACAGCGCCCAUUUCGGAUGAUAUGCAUUCAUAUUGAUUCAUCAUUUCUUUAUCAAAUUCCAGGGAUGGUCUAGCCAAAUAUCGGCCAAUUCGCAAUUAUGGGAUUGUUUUGUAGAAUAAUUUAUAUAACAUUGUGUUGGCCUGCGAUGUCACGUCGACCAGAAGUAUCACGAGCGAAAUUUUUAGUGUAAUCUCUUACAAGAGCUAUUUUUAUGACUUCGGGGAGUUUCUGCAGAAAUUAAACGAUAACGCGCUGCCGCGCUACUGACAAUGUUGCUUAUGUUGCAGUUUUUGAUAAUUCGAAAUAUCGCUCUCCUUAAAGAGUUUAACUUAGAAAAUGUCCGAUGAUAAUCGUAUUGCUUAGACUUAACAAUUGAUAAAUUGUGUCAUUAUCAGACCGGGAUAGAAUGUAUCAAUUAUACAACUUACAAUUAGUAUUCUGUAUAGUUUUCUGUAUCAAAACCCCUUUCUAUUGUAAUAGUUUA